UUGUGACGUAAGAUAAUGCCUGCCACGCGUCGGAACUCCGCUUCCUCGGCGGCCACGCGAUGCCAGUGACAAGCGGGAGGGAAAGCACUGGUCAUCCUGGGCCGACUUCAGGAAUCAUGCAUUUCUUACUCAGAUUAAUUGUUUUCUUUUACGUGUGGGGCAUUUUUACUGCUCAAGGACAAAAAGAAGAGAGCACAGAAGUGAAAAUCGAAGUUUUGCAUCGUCCAGAAAACUGUUCUAAGACAAGUAAGAAGGGAGACCUGCUAAAUGCCCAUUACGACGGCUACUUGGCUAAAGACGGCUCGAAAUUCUACUGCAGCCGGACGCAAAAUGAAGGCCACCCCAAAUGGUUUGUUCUUGGUGUUGGGCAAGUCAUAAAAGGCCUUGACAUUGCUAUGAUGGAUAUGUGCCCCGGAGAGAAGCGAAAAGUGAUUAUACCCCCUUCAUUUGCGUAUGGAAAGGAAGGCUAUGAAGGCAAGAUUCCACCUGAUGCAACAUUGAUUUUUGAGAUCGAACUUUAUGCUGUGACCAAAGGACCACGAAGCAUUGAAACAUUUAAACAGAUAGACACAGACAAUGACAGACAACUCUCUAAAAUCGAGAUAGAUCAUUACCUGAAAAGGGAAUUUGAAAAAGAUGAGAAGCCACGUGACAAGUCAUAUCAGAAUGCAGUUUUAGAAGACAUUUUUAAGAAGAAUGACCAUGAUGGUGAUGGCUUCAUUUCUUCCAAGGAAUACAAUGUAUAUCAACAUGAUGAACUAUAGCAUUUUUUUGUUUCUAAAUUUUCUUAGCUACUUAUAAUACUUUACAUAUAAAACAAAGUCACUUUACUCCAAGUUGUAUUUUCUAUUUUUUCUCUACGUGAACAUAUUUUUAUCUCCUCAAUACAUGUAAGUUUGGAAUAAAGGUGAGGCUAUUUUGCAAAUUUAA